GGAAAAAUAAUCAAAAUACAGAAUGGUAUAAAUGGUGAUUAAUAGACAACUGAAACAUUAAUAAUAAGAUAGUAGUCAUUAAGAAGCACUCCUGUACAGGAUGAAGUGUUUGUUCUUUCUUUUUGUCGUUAUAGCAGCUUGUGCUGCGAGCGUCCUCAGAGACCCUGUGAAGGGUUACAAGGAAGGUGACAGGUACUUCUAUUUUGCGGGAGAUGAAGACGACGUCCUUCAACUGGUCGAUGCCGAGGAGCCAGUCGACUUGGAGUUCAUUAAAGAUUAUGCCAGAAAUCCAGCCAAUAACGCAUACUGGCUUUACACCAGAUCUAAUCCUACAUCAGCUCAAGUCUUAGUAAAUGGUAAUGCAGCAUCUGUGACAAAUUCCAACAUUAACUUCUCAAGGAUCACCGUCUUCCUUGCUCACGGAUGGAAUGGUCAUGGCGCUAAUACGAUGAACCAGUUGUUGGUUGAAGCUUUUCUACAGGAUGCUGAUGUCAACGUUAUUGUGCUAGACUGGAGUGCCCUCGCCAACAGGUCUUACACGACAGCUAAAGGAGGCACUGCCGAAGUUGGUAGAGGUCUAGGACAGUUCCUAAACUGGCUGUCCACCUUGGGAUUAUCAUUCGAAAGAGUACACUUAGUAGGUUUCAGUCUUGGUGGUCACCUAGUUGGUAAUGCUGGCAGGGAAACAGGAUCCAGAGUCAAGAGAAUCACAGCAUUGGACCCUGCUGGACCUCUAUGGGGUUCAGACCGCAACCGCAUCGUGCGUACAGAUGGACAAUACGUAGAAGUGAUCCACACAGAAACAUCCACACUUGGAUAUAAGGAUCUCUGUGGAGACGCCGAUUUCUACCCUAACGGUGGCUCUAGCAUGCCUGGCUGUUACAUUGUCACUUGUUCCCAUAGCCGUGCCUACAAGUACAUGGCUAGCACCGUGAAAUAUAACCAUCUUCAGGCUAAUGAAUGUGCCAGUUUGAGAGACGCUACCCGUAACAGAUGUACAGGCACCCUCAACCCAAUGGGCAACAGCAAUAUCUCCAAGUCUAGAUCGGGUAUAUUCAGAGUCAACACAGCACGCAGCUACCCCUACUAAGUGGAAGCAUUACAUCUUAUUAUUGAUCUUAAAAUAAUGAUUUAAGUUGAACUAUCAUAUUAAACGUUAUUUAUUUAAAAAAAAA